AUGGCUGAUACUGAAGAAUGCAGCCUUUUCGAACCACAAUCUUAUCUUAAGGAUCGGUGUAAAAAAUGUUUUAAAUUAAAGUCAAAACAUCCAAUUAUAGAAAACAUUGAAAAUAUUAAUAGUCUUUCAGUAAAUAAUACAACAACAAAAAAUUUAAUAAAUGAUGUUAAAAGUAAUAAAGAACCUCUCUUGACAAAUGGUGGAAUUUCAAGACCUUCAGGAAAGAUUGUUGCUACACGAACGAAGAGUGAUGUUUCUAAUACAAAAACAGUAAAAGAAAAUAUUAAUACAUUAACUACCUCUAAAAGUGAAAAACGUAGAAGUUUUAAUGAAAAAGGCACCAAUGAAGGUGAUGAAAAUGAUGAAGAUACUGCCAGUUUGAUGUCCUAUAAAUCUGCCCAUUCAAAAGGAUUGUCUAGUGCAAAAUCUUUUGAAAGUAUCAUUUCAAAUAUAGAUACAAGAUCAAUGAUCACUGCUGUUUCAGGUUCAAUGGAUGAUGAAGAUAGAGCUGUAACACCAACAGAAGAUGGUAAUCCUGUUAAUAGUUUAAUGGUUGAUGAUAAAAAAGACCUUCAAAGAGAAAUAGCUCGAUUAACAGAAAAAGUAACAAAAUUAAAAAAUGAAAGAGAUCGUUGGGUCAAUCAAAAACGUGGUACCGUUGAAGGUAGUGAGGCAGAACAAAGUUUAAUUGAAUUUUUAGAAGAACGUUUAUUGGAAGCAGAAAACACAAUACAAGAUUAUAGAGAUGAAAAUACAGUAUUAAAAUGUGAAUUAAGAGAAUUACAAGAAAAUGUACCAAUAAUUGAAAAUAGUGUACCAAAAGAAAAUGAAAUGGAAAUAAAAUUAACAACAACAGAAAAUCUUUGUGAUGAGUUGAUGCAAGAAAAUGAGGCAUUGAAAGGAGAAGUAAGAGAAUUACAACAAGAGAUUGAAGAAAUGCAGGAUCAAUAUAGAGAGGAAGAAAUAGAGGAAUUUCGUGAAUUACAAAAAGAAUUAGAAACAAAUGCUAAAAAUUGUCGUGUUUUACAAUUUAAAUUAAGAAAAACAGAGAGGCUGAAAGAUCAAUUACAGGUAGAGAAAGAAAAUUAUGAGAUGAAAUUAAAAGAAAUAUUAUCUUCUAAAGGAGUAAAUGAUAUUGAAAGUAAUGUUAAUUUAAAAGUUGAUCAAUUUAAAUUAAAAGAACUUGAAAGUGAAUUAAGAAUAGCUAAAGAAGUUUCAGUUCGACUUCAUACUGAUUUAGAGGCAGCUGAACAAAAGCGUUACAAAAUGGAAGAUGAAAUAUUUUAUUUAAAAGAAAAGGUCCGUGAACUCCAAACACAAAAUAAAUGGAGAGAACAACGUAAUAAAGCUGAACAAGCUGCUAAAAGAGCAAGUUUAGAAUUAAGUGAAGCAACAUUAUGUGGUAAUGAUGCUACAAAAGAAAUAAGAGAUAUUUUGGAAAGAGAAAUUGAUUUAAGAGAACAAUUAAAGUUUACAGAAGAAGAUUUAAAAAGAACUCAAAAUAAGUUACAUGAUGUAGAAAAUGAGAAUGAAGAAUUAUUAAGAAAAUUAACUAAAAUGUCACAAAUAGGAAGUUCUAGAAAUAGGCCUCCAAUAACAAGAAGUGCCAGUGAUUCAUUAAAUGAUGUUAAAGAAGAAAAAUUAUUAACAGAAAUUCAAGAUUUAAAAGAAAAAAUCAAAAAUAGUGAAAAGAAAAACAUUAAUUUAGCUAAAAAAUUAUUAGAAUAUGAAAUCGAAACAACAAAGAAAAGUCAUGCAGAAGCAGAAGCUUUAGCAAAAAUUGCCGAAAAAAGUGAUACACAAAAUAUUGAUAUUAAAAAUGAUAUUACACGUCUUAUGAAUAUACUUGAAAAUAUUAAUAAACAAAAUGAAGAAUUAAAAGAUGAAAUAUGUACUUUUACAAAUCGUUCAAGUCCUCCAAAAUCACCAAUUCCUGGAUUAUUAAAUAAAGAAAAAAAUUAUCUUCAAAAUCAAAUACGUGAAGAACAAGAAAAAAAUAAAAAAUUAGAAAGUGAACUAUUGGAAAUGAAACAAAUUAUUGGUAAAAGUGAUAAUCAAAAAUUAAUAUCAAUAGCCUCAAAAGUUGAUGUAUUAACUAAUAAACUUGCCUUAGCUAAUGACCGGUACAAUGCCUUGGUAAAGCGAGCCUCAUCGCCUUCCAAAAAUUCAUCUAAUACCAAUCAUAUUGUGGAUGCCUUAAAUGAAAGAAUAUUAGAUUUAGAGGGAAAAUUAAGUGAAAAAAAAUGUAACCUUUCUUAUAAUAUAAAUGAUAAUAAAAAUAAACAAACUUCUGGUGAUGAGAUUGAAGAAUGUUGUGAAGUAUUAGCUUCAAUUGAAGCACAAACUAAUAGAAUUUUUAAACAAGUAGAAAAAUUAGAACCAUCUAAUAAAGAGGAAAGAAGGAGAAGUUUAUCUAAAGAUACUGGUGCAGCUAUUGUUUCAGAAUUAAGUAAUGUUAUGGAUGAAUUAAUAAAUGUUCAUAAAUUAUUAGAAAGCCAUAAAUUAGCUAAUCCAGAAGUAUUUAAUAGAAAAAAUGUUAGUAGUAAUGUUGAAGUUAAUAAAAAAGAAGAUGAUUGUAAAGAAUGUAAAAUAUUAGUUGAAAAUAAUGACAAGCAAAAAAAUGAAAUUGAAUUUUAUAAAAAGAAAAAUAAAGAUUUAACUAAUCAAGUUUUACAAACAGAAGACCGUUGGACAAUUGAAAUUGAAAAGCAACGUAAAGAAUUUGAAAAAGAUGUUGAACAAUUAAGAAUAGAAUUAGACGAUCAAAAGAAGAAAUAUAAUGAACAAACACAUUUAAUUGAAUCAUUUAAAACAAAUCUUUCUGAGAAGGAUAAACUUGUUAGUGAAAAAGACAUGAAAUGUAUUAGGUUAACACAAGAAAUUCAAGAAAAACUUAAACAAAUACUUGAAAAUGAAAAAGAAAUGAAAAAAUGGAAGGAGUAUGAAAUAAAAUAUAAAAAAUUAGAAAAUAUCUAUGAAGCAGAAAAAGAUAAAAUAAAAGCAGAAAGAAGCAAAUUUAAAUUAGAGAUGAGUUCUUUAAGAAAACGUUCCGAAGAAACAUUAGCCGAUAUUGAAAAAUUAAGAGAAUCACAUCAAAGAAGAGAAAUAAUGUGGAAUAAAGAAAGAGAAAAAUUAGAAAAUGAAAUAAAUUCAUUAAGAAAAAGUCUUAUUAAACAUAGUAAUGAUGAUAUUUCAGAAUGUGAUUCUAUUUCACAAUGUAAAUCAACACUUAGUAACAGUACAUCUAUAAUUAGAGUCACUAGACCAGCUGAACAAAGUAUUUUGAAUGAAUUAAGAGAAAAAAUAACAAUAAGUGAAAGAAGAAAUUGUACUUUAGAAAAUGAUUUAGUAAAAACUACAAUGGAAAAAGAUGAAUUAGAGUUAGAGGUUAUGAAAAAUAAACAGUUAUGGACUAGAGAGAAAGAAGAAUUAAAUCAUAAAUUAAGACAAGCUGAUAAAAUAAAAGCAAUGGAAAUUGAUGCUUUACAACAAAAAUUUACUUCUAGAAUGAAUAUAAUGGAAAAUACUAAUAAAACACUUCAAACUCAAUUAGUACAAGCUAGACGAGAAAGAGAUCAUAAUAAGGAAGGAAUAAAUCAACUACAAAAAAAAUUAGAGAAUGAAAUAAAAAAAAUUGAAAAAGAAAAUAGUAAACAUGCAGAGAUAACUGCAAAAUUAGUUGCAACCGAAAAGAAAGUAAACGAUCUAGAGAUUGGUUUGGAUCGCCUUAAAACUGAUCUCAAAUUAAGUAAAGAUGCUCAUAAUGCUGAUAAAAAACUUUGGAGUGUAGAGAAGUCGCAUAUAUUAAAAGCUAAUUCUGUAAAUGGUUGUAAAGAUAAUCAAAUAACUGGUGAUAGAAAAAUUGCAGAAGAAGCUUUAAAAGCAGGAGAAAUUGUUCAAAAACAAUAUAGUGAAUAUCAAAAAUUUUUCAAAAAAGAAGUUGAUAGAUUAAACUUAAAAAUUAAACAAUUAAAUGACGAAAUAAGACAUAAAGAGAAUGAUUAUAGUAAAAUUGUUAAAGAAUUAAAAGAACAAAUAAGAGUAUUAGAAAUUGAUCAGAAAAAUUUACUACAAAAUAAGGAAGUUAUUUUAUCUGCUAAAGAAGCAUUACAAAUUGAUCAAGAACGUCUUAUUCAAGCAUUACAAUUAGCUGAAGUACAAAAAUUGACAAGAAAAUAUAAAUUAACAUCUGUUGUGGAGCAACUUAAAUUUAUUAAAGAUCAAUCUAAUAAAGAAAAUAAAGAAAAUGUUGAAGGUAUAAUUAAUAUAUUAGGUGGAAUGAGAGAUGAUGAUACCUCUAAUGGAAUUCUUCUUACUUCUGAUACAACAUUUGAUAGAAUAGAUAAUAUUUCCGAUAAUUUAUCACAAAAUUCUACAUCAAUACGUUCAAUAAAUUAUGUUAGACCAUUUAAUAGAAUUACAAAUUUAGAUUUAUCACAUUGUUCAUAUAGUACUGAUACCACAAAUGAUAAAGGACAAUAUGAUUCUGGUGUUAAUACAUCAUAUAGUCAUAGAAGUAUAUCACCAAAUAAAAAAUAUCCACCACCAACAACAACAACUUAUUGUGUUGAGUAUGAUAAUAAUGGAAGAAUACAUUAUAUUCCUAGAAGUAUUGCUAGAAGUGCUAGUUAUGAUAGAUAUGGUAUGUCUGAAAGUGCUUUACCAAAUAAAUUUGAAAGAAUGAAAAGUACUGGUACAUUAACUGAUGACUUUGAUGAUUAUCAAAAUGGUUCCUGCCCAUCUCGUUCUGGUAGUGCUGGAACAAAUAUUUUAUAUAAAGUGAGAAGAGAAGAAUUAGCUAAAGGAACAACACCAUCUGUUAAAGCUAUGACUAUGGCAUUUGAAUCAUUAGAUAAUAAAGUAACAUAUAAGAAAGGUUUCUUUAGUAUUAGAAAAUCAAAAAGUGUAGAUAAUAGUGAAAAUAAAGAAUCUAAGAAAAAGUUAUUAAAAAUUAAACCAACAAUGAAAAAUGUUCCAUCUGAUCUUUCUAGUAAGUCUGUUUUUACAGAUACUUCUACUUUACCUUAUGAAAAAUCACCAAGAGGUGGUAGAAAUCCUUUCAAAAAUAUGGGUUCUAAAUUAGUUGAAAGAGUAAGGAGAAGUUUAAGUAGAAGUAAAAAUGAAAAAAAUAAAAAUCAAGAUAUAGAAACAGAAGAAAAAGCUAAAACUCCAACAUUAGCUGAACCAGAAAAAUUUGUAGAUGAUGAUGAUGAUGAUGAUGUUGAUAAAAGUUGUUUAAGUGAAAUUGCUGAUACCAUUACAGAAGAUAGAGAUACAUUUAGAAGUAUUCAAGAAUGUGAUAGUAUUGCUAUAAGUAUAAAUGAAAAACCAUCUAAAACUUCUAUAACAGCAGCUAAAAAUGCAUUAAGAAAGGUUAACAUUUCAAAACGAAUAUAA